GGGAAGAAGAAGAGAUUUAACUAUCGGAGAUUAGAUUAGGAGGGCACACAGCUUAGUGUCGACGAAGAUUCCGCUCUUGGACGGCUUCAAUGGCAACUUCCCUUCAUCUUGCAGCGCCGCUUUCUCAUACUAACAGGGAGGGCCAAGUGCGCCUUUAUACACAUUUGAACCAUUGGAAAAAAGGCAUUCUGUAUUUCUCCGUUCGCCUCCAAAGUAAAAAAUUUAGUUUCAAGCUUUAUUCGAUGCCCUCUAGAACCAUUUCUCGCCCUACUUCAUUGAGAUGCUUUACAACAAAUGGUUCAAAAGAAUUGCGUGGAGGUCAUGAGAAGGAUUUUGUUUCUUCUGGUGUUUCAGCUCCAAACUACUUGGGAAGGUCAAACACUUUGCUUGAUAGCUCAAGCAACCCCAUCCAUGAUAUGAGUGAUUUUGAGAGAGAGUUGCAGGACUUCUUCAUUGAGGUUAAAACAAUGCUUAAGAAAGGGGAUAUAAAUGGCGCUACUGAUCUUCUUCAAGCAAAUUAUGAAGCAGUUAAAGAACAGAUGGAUGCAGGUGUUAAAGGCAUGGAGCAAGCUGCUAUUCUUGACAUCAUAGCUUUGGGAUACAUGGGUAUCGGGGACUUCAAGCUUGUUGAGUGCCUGUUGAAUAUGUUGAAUGAAAUUGUUAGAAGUGUGAAGAAUGGUGAACCACUUCUGGAUUCAGUACUGAUGCAUAUGGGAAGUAUUUAUGCAGCUUUGGGGAAAUUUGAAGAUGCAUUGCGUGUGUACAGAAGAGGUCUUGAAAUUUUAGAGAGUAUAUUUGGAAAGCAGAGUCCUUUUCUUAUUGUACCACUUCUGGGGAUGGCAAAAGUGUUUGGUUCUAUUGGAAGGGUGAAAAAAGCAGUAGAGUUCUAUUAUCGAGCAUUGAAUAUUUUGGAAACAAGCAGAGGUACAGAAAGUGAAGAUGUUGUUUUGCCUUUAUUUGGUCUUGGUAAUCUUCUAAUCAAGGAAGGAAAGGCUUCAGAUGCAGAAAAUUCUUUUAAGAGAAUUUUAAGCAUAUAUACCAAGCUAUAUGGAGAAAAGGAUGGAAGAGUAGGAAUGGCUAUGUGCUUCCUAGCUCACGCGAAGUGUGCAAAAGGAGAUAUGGAUGAAGCUAUACGUUUAUACAGAAAUGGUUUACAGGUAAUUAAGUUUUCAAAGUACAUGGAUUUAGAUGAUGAUAUUAUGGAGAAGAUGCGGAUAGACUUGGCUGAGUUGCUUCAUGUUGCAGGAAGAGAAAUUGAAGGACGAGAGCUACUGGAGGAGUGCUUGCUGAUCACCGAGAAGUAUAAAGGAAAUGGGCAUCCCAGUUCAGUGACCCACCUUCUAAAUCUUGCAACCUCUUAUUCACGCUCUAAGAAAUUUGUGGAAGCUGAGCGCUUGCUGAGGACAAGUCUCCGAAUUAUGAUGAAGACUGUGGGUCCUGAUGAUCAAUCUAUAACUUUUCCAAUGUUGCACCUUGCAGUUACUCUAUACCAUUUGAAACAGGAUGAAGAGGCGGAGCAUCUUGCUCUAGAGGCUACACGUAUACGUGAGGAGGCAUUUGGAAAAGAAUCUCUCCCAGUUGGGGAGGCUCUUGACUGUUUGGUUUCCAUUCAGUCCAGAUUAAGGAAAGAUGAUGGUGAAGUAUUGGCCCUGCUGAAGAGGGUGUUGAGCAUUCAAGAGAAAGAAUUGGGCCAUGAGAGUGAAGAUGUCAUGGUUACUCUAAAGAAGGUAGUUUUUUAUUUAGACAAACUGGGGAAAAAAGAUGAAAUUUUGCCUUUACAGAGAAGACUAUCCAUGCUUAGAACCAAGUAUAAGCAGUAUGUUCAAUCGUAGUUCCGUUGUAUCUUAUUUGUUUCUUAGCUCAUGAGAUUGUAGUUAAACUGAAUCAGUUUUGCUGGAUUAUAAGAUAACAUGAUCUCUAGUCUGUCAAAUGUCAUUCCCUGUAAAUGCCAAAUGCUGGGAAAUGUUGGACGGUUGAACCAGUAAAUUUUGUGGG